UUUCCUUCUCUUCCUAUUUCCAUCUUCUCUCUAACAAAAGAUCAAACACCAGGGAGCCAUGGUUCUCUCAAAGACUGUAUCAGGGUCCGAUGAUUCCAUCAACUCCACCUUCGCUUCCCGAUACGUCAGGACUUCCCUUCCAAGGUUCAAGAUGCCGGAGAAUUCGAUACCAAAGGAAGCGGCGUAUCAGAUCAUCAACGACGAGUUGAUGCUCGAUGGGAACCCAAGGCUGAACUUGGCCUCCUUCGUCACCACCUGGAUGGAACCAGAGUGCGAUAAGCUCAUGAUGGCCGCCAUUAACAAGAACUACGUCGACAUGGACGAGUACCCUGUCACCACUGAACUUCAGAAUCGAUGCGUUAACAUGAUAGCUCAUCUAUUCAAUGCUCCACUCGGGGAUUCGGAGACGGCCGUCGGUGUUGGAACGGUGGGUUCCUCGGAGGCUAUAAUGCUUGCAGGGCUUGCAUUCAAGAGGAAGUGGCAAAACAAAAGGAAGGCUGAAGGAAAACCAUGUGAUAAGCCCAAUAUCGUCACUGGUGCUAAUGUUCAGGUUUGCUGGGAGAAAUUUGCAAGGUACUUUGAGGUUGAGCUGAAGGAGGUGAAGCUUUGUGAAGGUUACUAUGUGAUGGACCCCGUGAAAGCUGUUGAAAUGGUCGACGAGAACACAAUCUGUGUCGCUGCUAUCUUGGGUUCGACCCUUAAUGGAGAGUUCGAAGAUGUUAAGCUAUUGAACGAUCUCUUGGUAGAAAAGAACAAGCAAACAGGAUGGGAUACCCCAAUCCAUGUUGAUGCAGCUAGUGGUGGAUUCAUUGCACCAUUCCUUGACCCGGAGCUCGAAUGGGACUUCCGGUUGCCGCUGGUUAAGAGCAUCAAUGUUAGUGGCCACAAAUACGGUCUUGUCUAUGCCGGUAUUGGGUGGGUCAUUUGGAGAAACAAGGAAGACUUGCCUGAAGAACUCAUCUUCCAUAUCAACUACCUUGGAGCUGAUCAACCCACCUUCACCCUCAACUUCUCUAAAGGAUCCAGUCAAGUAAUUGCUCAAUACUAUCAACUAAUUCGCUUGGGGUAUGAGGGAUACCGGAAUGUGAUGGAGAACUGCCGUGAAAACAUGAUAGUUCUAAAAGAAGGAUUGGAGAAGACUGGGAGGUUCAACAUUGUUUCAAAGGUUGAUGGUGUCCCUCUGGUUGCUUUCUCUCUAAAGGAUAACAGUCAGCACAACGAGUUCGAGAUAUCGGACUUGUUGAGGAGGUUCGGGUGGAUUGUGCCGGCAUAUACAAUGCCACCAGAUGCACAACAUGUAACAGUUCUUCGUGUUGUGAUCCGUGAAGAUUUCUCUCGCACUUUUGCUGAGCGACUUGUGUUGGAUAUUGAGAAGGUACUACAUGAACUUGAUGCUCUACCUGCUAGGGUCUCGGCCAAGUUAGCUGUGGCUUGUGAAGAUAAGAAAGAAGAGUGUAAUGGUAAUGUUAGUCUUAUUUUGAAGAAGACUGCUUUGGAGACACAGAGGGAGAUCACUAUGGCUUGGAGGAAGUUUGUUCAGGACAAAAAGAAGACUAAUGGGGUUUGCUAAAAGGACUACUCCAAGUAUAAGGAACCUCUAUGAGUUUCU